AUAUUAUAGUAAUACAUUUAAAAAUAAUUUGAUAUGUGCUUUGUUAUAGAUAUUAAUUUCGAUUAAAGUUUUCUCUAAAACCGUACAUUUUAAUCUAAAUCAAGUUUAAAUCGUCCAAGCGAAUCGGUUUGUCAACUGUACACCCCAAAUAGUAACGCCAUUGUGGCAAACAAACUACAGCCGGACAGUCUAUCGUGAGAUUGUUUACAAGUUACUAUUGACAACUGGGAAAACACGCCGACCCGGUUUGGACUUGAUCAGCGAAGCGUGCCUUCGGAUAUAUUUUAUGUGUAUAUCUGGACGAAGAAAUACCGAAUAAACAUGGAGUUACCGGUCACCACUCGAGUGAACUUCACCUCCGUCGACAACAGCAUUAGCGGCCACUACAACGACAUGCAGCCGACGUCGCUGAUGGGCAAACUGCGCGACCACUACUACAACAAGGGGAAGCCCAAGACAGCUCACGCCAAACACUUCGCCCGCUGCCUGUUUCUGUUUGAGGCGUUCACGCAGCUGUACACGACGCUGACGCACCUCAUCCCGUACUGCUACAGCGAGUACGACCCCUGGACGCAGUACUACCUCAAAGUGCUCGUCUUCUACAUGUUCGCCAUGGCCAUGGCCAACUGGCUGUGCGUCACCCUGUACGACACGUCCGUGCCCAGGACGAGGGACCGGCCCUACCUAUUCGCCAGUGGCAGCACCGACAGUCCGCCCGAACACUUCAUACCGAGGCUGGAGAAGAACCAGAACGGUCACGUGUCCUCUGAAUACGACUCGGACGAGAAGGACCGGAUGCCGUGGAAGUACUGCGAGAUCUGUCGGCUGUGGGCCCCGCCCCGCGCCCACCACUGCGACUUCUGCAAGGUGUGCAUCCUCAAGAGAGACCACCAUUGUUUCUUCGUUGGAAACUGCAUCGGCUUCAGAAACCAGAGGUACUUCGUCGUGCUGUCGCUCUACAUGGUGGUCAUCGGUCUUUGGGGAGGCUACUUGACGGCGGCUUACAUCGCCGGAAACUACUGGGCGGAAGCCACCUGCUGGGAUUUCCUACUUCCGGUGACCAUCACGAAACUGCUGCUGGGGUACAUGGACUUGCUCUACGCGCUCGUAAUAUUUCAGUCGUACUGUCUGUGGUUUUUCGGGUCUGUGGCCGUGUUUUACUUCCUCAGUCAGAUGAGCAUCAUAGCGCAGGGACUGACGCUGUACGAGCUAGCCAAGAACAUCCCCAUCAAAAACAACUCGAGAGUCUCGCAGAAUAUGCGCAGUGUGUUCGGAGACUUCUGGGCACUGAACUUCCUGUUUCCGGCUCAGAUCCUCUUUAAACAGAGGGAGGAUGGAACGAGGUGGGAAUGCGUCAAGCUACUGCAUAACAACAAUAAUGUCAAACAGAGUCUUUAGUUAGAAAAACAACAACAAACACAAAACACUAACCCUGUGAGAGCAAGAAAUGGUUGGCAGUUAUGUUUGUUUGACGCAAAUAACAGACAGGACACCACAUACCACAGUUGAUUCUGUGACGCAAAGAACAGACAGACAUGACACCACAUACCACAGUUAUGUUUGUGUGAUGCAAAGAAGAUCAAAUAGCUAAAACCAUGGUAUGUGUGGUCUGUAUAUAUCCCUUAUUAGGCCUAACACCCUCGCAUAAUUAAAUUGACUGACCCUAGUUAUAAGUACAAUACAUUUAGACUGUGGUACGUGGUGUCCUGUCUGUGGGAAAGUACAUAUAAAAGGUUCCUUGCUGUUAAUGAAAAAUGUCGCGGCUUUCCUCUACAUUUCAGAGUUGUCGAAUGUUUGACAUCUAGUAGCCGAUUGUAAAUCAAUAUGGUCUAGUGGUGUCGUUAAACAGAACUAGGAGGGGAGGGGAGGGGAAAAGGGGACAAGCAAAACAAAACGAAUCUGGACACUAAUUCAGGGAGAGAGGGGCACUUUCUCAAACUAGAUUUAAAAGGGCACUUUUGAAACUAAAAAGGUAUGUAUUCGUAUUUUUCGGCAGACCAACGAGCUGCUUUGAUAGAUCUAGAUUUAUCCUUGUUUUGAACUUUAAUAUUGUUACUUCUCUGCAUUCGUUAACUUUUUCCAACCGAUCAUUUUCCAUCAAGUUUUUCAUUUUCUUCAUUUGGGAACGUUUCCCAUACUCGUCGUGUUAUAAUGAAAGGACCCUUGCUGUUAAUAGAAACGAACAGCGCAAGAAGCAGUAGUUUGUUCAAUCAUGUGCAAUUUCUCGUUUCCAAGGGAAAUAUUUAAAAUGUGAUAUAUUGUAUGUGAAGAUGUAUUCAUAUAAUUUAUUGAAAAUAAGAGAAUACAAACAAUAAAAUUAAAA